AUGGCAGACGGCGACUCCUCCGGCGCCUCCAUCACAGGCGGCCCCUUCCACAACACCAACAUGAUGGAUCGCGACAACAUGCCCUCGUCGAAUGCGGAAAUAGCCCGUCACAAGUCUGAAGAAGUCAUGGCUGCGUUGAAGAAGAAUGAUGGGUCGGCGGAUCAGUUGAUGGGCAAGGCGGAUAACCGCACAAACGGCAACGCAAUCGGCGGCUUCCGAGGCUGGAUUAAACGAAAACUCGGCCCUGGAAAUGGCGAGAGCAACAACAAACCUGACAAGACCAGAGGACGAAAGUCAGAAGAGACCGGCGGUGUCGAUGGACUGAGGGGACAAUCAAGUGGCAUUGGCGUCCAAGACAGCAGCACAGGCGCAAGUCUCGGGGACCCAGCGCCAGCAGGAGACAUUCUUGCCAGGGAUGGAGGCAAAGGGGAUGGAGUCAUUCGAUGA